AUGGCAGAGCACCUUACUCAAGAUGUGGACCCACGCUUAGUGCAGUCGGUUGUCAAUUCGACAACCGGCGCUGAUGGAGUAACGACACUUUCAAAUGCUCACGGUGUGGAAGCUGCCGUCGUCUCUGGGGAAGAAUCAAACGCGAACAAGGGUGCAGUCAGCAGCAACGGUGUGGUUACCGAAUCAAACACUCCCAACGACUCUUCGAUAAAGGAUAAACGUGAUGAUAGCCCUGCGGGAGCGAGCGGCACCGAGUCCAUCAAGAGCGCCGAUAAACCCACAGCACAGAAGGUCGCCGCUCCGAGGAAACCGCCAGCCGUAAAGUCGAUGUCGUUAAACAAGGCUUUUCUUUCAGGGAAUGCCUCCGCUGCACCCACUCAAACGGGGAACGGGAAGCUUACUUUGUCUUUAGAUAAGGGCUCGAAAGGGACCGUUUCCGGAGCAGCAGCGACUUCCGCCUCGGCCGCAAAACCACGACUAGUUAGUAAGAUAGGCCCAUCUGGUUCGAGAAUAGGCGGCAUCGGUCAGUUGGGUGGCAAAGGAGGUACCAUCCCGUCGGUUUGGAAUCGAAAUCAACCACCCGCGCCUAUACCCGCAAAAGAAUACACCGACGAAGAGCUCAGUAAAGUGGGGAUACAUAUGGCUGAACGUCUACACACCGAAGAUAGCAAAGAGGCUAAAUGGGCCGACAUCGAUGAUGAAGACGACAACUGGGUUCCGCCAGACACAAUCGAAUGGAAUGAUGGUACAAAAGUCACACUAGAUGCCGAAACACCGAAAGCGGCUAUCUCUGCUUUUGAGAAACAGAUAGGAACAGCAGCCUUAAAAGAGCAGAGAUCCUUGCACGCUUCGCAUUCGAGCCCUAGCAUAGCUUCCGCGAGCCCUUCACUCCCAUCUAAAUCUCUCGACCAGCAUGUACCCAGGAAACCGGAAUUUAUCCCUAGCAUGCCACCUUCGAAGACACCUUGGGCCUCAGUACCGUCUGGACAAUUUCCUACGCCUCUGCCAGUUGCACCACCCUUCGGACAAUAUCCUGGACGUCCACCUCCUCCGAAUAACCGACCCAUGUUAGUAAAUACUCGCUCGCCCAAGGAAGUUGGAUUGGACGACUUUAAUAGGCAGUCAUGGAGGGAUAGACAGUCGAGUCAAUCGCCUAGUGCUCUCUUUAAUUCGGAAACAGGGCAUUUUGAUCCCAUUGGAGAAGCAAAUCGGAGUAGAGAUCAGGCUAGACGGAAUUCGAGGAAUGAAGGCCCAGGUGUUCGUCCGACUUCGCUGCUCCAGCGCCCCGGUGGAAAAGAGCAUGAACAUGAUAUGUCUUUCCAUCACCAUACUCGUUUCCAACGAUCAGACCACGAUCAUUUCCCCGGUUCUACAGCUGGACCUUUGGAUAUGGGAAGACGUCGCUCGGGUUCCAUCAGAUCUACAGGGUUAAGCGAUGCUUCGUCGAAUGCAUGGGAUAAUCGACAUCCACCUGCUAGUGGCAAUGUCGUCACGAUUUCUGAAAGUGGGGCAGCGGAUUCAACUCAUCAGCGACCAAACCAAGGUCCCCUUUAUGUCAGCCCUGGUGGCGAUCCUAGGCUCCACCGUCUUAGUACCCUCGGCCCUCAGCCUACAAUGCCGCCUUCGGAUGCUGUGGCUCCCGUCGCUCCCGUCGCUCCUGUUGCCAUUGCUCCCGAGCAAGAACCAAUCGUAGCAGAACCUGGCGAGAAUCCUGUAGAGGCACAAAAAAGAGUUAUGAGAGAUGCGAGAGAACAAGCUAGAGCACGAAGACUUGCUGAAGAAGCUGCAGCCGAAGAAGAGAAAAAGUUAAGGAUACAAAAGAAACUAGCUGAAUUGGAUGAAAAGAUGAAAGCAGAUGCUGCAAGUAAAACUGAGAAGAGCCAGGAUGCUGAGGUUCCGGUGGUUGAGAACAGCAGUGGCGCGAAUAUCGGCGGCCAGGUAGCAGCUGGAGAAUCUACAGAAAAGCCAGACAUAUCUGACAUGCACAAGCCACCUGCAUUGAAUGGUAACAACAUGAAUGGAUUCAAGCCACAACAACAGCCACAAACACAGGGAUUAGUCCAAACCACAACAACAGCAACACAACCUCUGUCUCCCAUUCAGAAACACAGCAACGCAUCCCACAGUCUUUAUCCUCCUCCCCCCCCUCCUGCUCCUGCUCCUUCUCAGAACACUAACCUCCCUCCACCUCCCAUAAACUCUUCUUCCACCUCCAUCCAACCUUCAUCUCCAUCGCUCCCAUUUUCUUUCCAGCCUUCUAACAGCUUCCAAGCUUCACCUCAUCAUCAGCAUCAGUAUCAGGCACCGCCUAAUAACUUCUCUCAGCCUUCUUCUAGCUUUGCUAACAGCUCUCAUUUCCAUCGUUACGUGGAACAUCCACAUCCCCAUUCUGUCACUGGUCACUCUCAGUAUCCUCCUGCGAGCUCCAAUUCUCAUCCUCUUCCUCCUUCGCGUCAUUACGACAACAGAAAUCAUCACCGUCCAGCUCCGGAGCAAGGUAACUUUCAUCAUCCUAGCUCCUCCAGGUUUGCAUCUCAUCCUCCUCCUCCUUCUCAUCCUCUCUCGAAUCAGCAAACUAGCAACGGAUCCAACCAGAGUCCAUAUCCUCCUGUUGUUUCCCAUCAAGCUUCUUCCUCUCAUCAAGUCUCUUCUCAUCUUCCUCCUCACUCCGUUCAUCUCCCCCAUCAUCCUCACCCCGAGUUUCACGAAGAGAUGUCUCAAGCAAGCUCUCCAAUGGUGAAUGCCUAUUCUUCUGUCAAGGUUGGUGACCAAAUAACCACAUCGAGUGCUUCCCUUCCUGCUUCCAGCCAAGAGAAGCAACAACAUCCCGUUGAGAUUCCGAAGGACUGGCAGCGUAAUGGCGUCAUGAAGCCCUCACCUUGGACACCAACUGCUGCAGAGACUCACGUCAAGAGUUUCUCGAUGUUCCUCCCGACCAACAAAGAUGGUCAGCAGCCACAAGGCUCGCAAAAGGCGACCUGGGCCCCCAAUGAGAGCAAGACAGACGCGUCUCUUGGAACUCCAUCCCGUGCACCCGAGGAGCUUGCAGCCAAGGCUCCUGAGAAGGCUCAGGAUGCCGAGGUCAAGCCGGCCAAAGCUAACGCUGAGGCAACAACCGUCAAGCUACCAGAGGAGCCGAGCAUCUCCCCACCUCCCGCGACCAAAAACGAGGUCGAUGUCCGGGCCAUUGCGGCCACCAUUCCAAACUUGCGUUUAAUUGCACGAGGCCCAAGGGGCAAUGAUUUCGUCCCAGGAACCAGGACGACAUACAAGCAGUUGGUCUGGGCUGUCAAUAUGGACAGCGUCUCCAAAGGGGGGGACCCAAGGUUGGACAAGGGGUUCGACGCCUUCUACGCACAGGAGGCCAAGACCAUGCCGACGGAGGUGGCCCCAACGUCCUACAAUUUCGGCGGCUCCGACGAGAAGGAGCCAAGGGCCACCAUACAGGCCAAGAAGCCGACCGCCGACGACGAGCGCUUUGACCGAGUCAAGAGCGCCAUCAAGGGUGCGGCUGGCGGUUCUUGGAGGGAUUUUGCCCUCCAAGACACCGAAGCCGCCCCUCGGUGGCGCGAACCGACUCGGUCAUUGGGCGAGUCGAAGAACUGGGCAUCCUGGGGCAGGGAUGCCUACAACGAGAGGAGGGAAAGGGCUCACCGGGAGCAUGAGGUCUCCCGGGCCGCUUGGGAGAAGCGGCAAGAGGCAAAGAGGCCUCAACCUUGUGCCCCGGCUGCCGCGGACAUCACCUUGCAGGUCAUUAGCAAACCUGCCUUCCAAGGAGCCACCGAGGGGAAACCCAAGGUCUCCUUGCCGCGUUUGGCCUCCCUGCCUCACCCGGUCCCCGUCCAGGCCGCACCAGCCGUCGUCUCGCAGCCAGAGCUGCCAAACACCCUCCCAACCGAGGAGGAGUUCAAGGAGAUGGCGUUCCAGCAGGAGUUCGGGUCGACACCCACAGUGUGUCUUCCCACUACCACCAGGGCCUUCCCAGGUGGGGUGAUGAGCACCCCACCUGCCAACCCCCCACGACGUGGCAAAGACAAGUCCCGUCUACGAGACCAUGAGAUUCGGUCUCGGGCCAUUUUUGGCCCAGACGACGCCGAGGAUGGGGUUCCAACCACAAUCCGGGUCAAGCUUCCCGGCAUGGCCGAGGCGAAGACCUUCCCGGUGCCUCCGGGUUACGAGGCAAAACUGAAGGGCCAGCACCGCCACCAGAACCGCGGGCAAUACAGGGAACCACGUUCCAACAGCGGAGGGCAGCCCGGCCGCUCCGGAUCCGGCGGACGCUCCGGGUCCGGCGGACGUGGCAGCGGUUCGAACCGGCCAAGGGGCCCCAACCAACACGGCGGCCGACGCGGCCAGAGCUACAACGGUCCCCCCCACAGGACCAACGCCUAA